CUCCUUCCUUUCCAUCACACACUUUUCAGCUCUGGCCCACACCUUCCACACCUCCGCGGCAGCACCGCCCCCUUCUGCCUGCCAACCUCGCAAAGGUUGCCAAAUCUGUCGAAUGCUCCGGCUCUAGCCUGCCUCAGACCCCUGUUUCCUGCCACCAAUUGGGUUAUCUAAUACUCUGUGACCAUAGUGACCUGUCAACCGUAACACUGGAUUAUCUAAUACUCCGUGACUUCAGUGUCUUGUUAGCUGUAAUAACAGCCUUCUUAAAUAAGUAACAACAACUUGUAAAGAAAUCCUUCAGCUAACCUAAUGAGCCACGCCUACCCAUACGGACUUGGUUGCCGAAUCUGGCCACACGCUAGAAUCGAUUACCCGGAUUGGAAUUUACAAGAGGUAAUUACCAUUCAUCGCGAUAGGUUGCAAAAUUUCCUCUUUCAUAAAGGCGGCUUUACCAGUCAAGCCUCUGCCGAACGGUUUUGGCACAUCAUGCUCGCCCUUGCGGAAAAACCAACUUCUGCUGAAUACACAAUACAAGUAUUGCGUGAGCAAUAUCUAGCUUUCCCAGAAGCCACAACCUACGGACAAAGGGAAGCCACGCUGACUGGUGACGCGGCACAAAGCAUACUCGACACUUUACAUGGCGUGGACUCCAGUGAUGUUCGAUUUCCUAUCGGAGGGGAAAAACCAGCUAACUUGAUCGACAUCGGUUGUGCUGAAGGGCAGAAGACGAGCGCGUUGGCUGAAGCGUGGGGAUUACCACAUCAACACGCUAUUGGCCUUGACAUCGUCCCGGCCAACUCGCUGCCCACCAAUAUUGACUUCGAGAUAAUGUUGCCCGAUACCUUACCAGAACGCAUCUUGUAUAACUCUCAAGAUCUGGCUAUCGUUUCCAUGGUCUUUCAUCAUUCGACUAACCCACGCGCAUUGUUACAGAGCAUUCACUCCGCGUUGAGACCGGGUGGUUACCUGAUAAUUCGUGAACAUAACGCGAAUGCUACGCCGCACAUGGCAAGUUUCCUAGACACGGUCCAUAUAUUUUACGACGCCGUUUUCGCAGGAAAAACCUGCAUGCCGAACGCGCAAACUUACAAAAGCUUCGAAGAGUGGCAGGAUAUCUUUCAAAGCCAAGGAUUCGAGCACAUUAAGAGUGACUAUACGCCAUUCUCGGCGAACCCUCGCGCUGGAGUACAGGCAAACGCAAACACUGGCGAGAAUUUUACUUGCGUCUUGCGGAAAAAUAAGCCUUAAACGUCUUCAUAUUAGGGUGUUUCUUAUUAAUAUUUCAAUGGUACUAAUGGCUCAAAACGAAAUAUGACAUCUAGCUGGCUUUUUAAGACUAGCGGUCCUCCUGCGUUAAAGCAUUUUUCUGUUCGUAACUAUCUAGAUACAAUAUAUUGUAGAGCUAGCACACCUACUUACAUGAAUCUCUACUUUGUUCCCCUCUACUCCCUGCCUCUACAGGUCUGUAGGUUCGAGUUGAAGGGUUUAGGCGAACUCCUCUCCUAUAAGUCAAUACUAGUUUGCACUUCGAGC